AUGUAACCUUCAGUGACUUACUUUGAACUUUAGACUCUCAUUUUCUUGAUUAUUGUUGGAAUGAUCUUGAUUUCUUUAAAAUACUUUUAAGAUCCAAAAUAAAAAGAAUCAAAAGUAUUUCUUGUUAAUUAAUUGAUAGUUAAAACUUUGGAAUAGAAUGAUUACAAAUUAUGAAGGUAUUUAACUAACCAUGGAUGAAGAAUAACUUUUAAAAUAAACAUUUAAGAACACCUUAAAAAAUCGUUCAGUGAGAAUUAGUCAAUCAAUACCAAGAUAAAUAAAUACUAAAAAAAGAGUUAGCUUCAAAAAAUUAGAUAAUUAUCUUUGA